CGCGCAUGGAGCUGAGAUACUAGCGAACAGCAAGCGGCAGCGCGGAGCCUGGAGGAGGCUGAUCUGUCAGGAUGCAGGUGGAAGACCGUCCUCGGGCCUCUGUGCGGCCUCCCGUCAGCACAUGAAGCCUUCAGGAUCCCGCAGCUCCUAUUCUUCUCUAGAGCCGGCCUUUUAAAUAUGGCCAAGGAGCAGAACGAGCUGACCAAGCGGAUAAUAGACGUCACCCUGAAGAUCAUGCACCUUUUGACUGGGGAGGACUACGGGGUGGAGAAGAAAACCUUUGGUAACGGUGUGACCCCCACCCGCCGUCCGUGUGUGUCAGAAGUAUGGAGCCCGAUUACAGAGCCUCACCCCCUGAUACAUGGGCAGGAGAUCCUAGAGCUCACCCACAGGAUCCUUCAGCUGCUGAGCGGAGAGGUUCCAGUGCGGUGUCAGGAUGUGGCGGUGUAUUUCUCCAUGGAGGAGUGGGAGUACGUAGAAGGACACCGAGAUCUGUAUGAGGACGUCAUUGUGGAGGCCACCACAUCACCAGAUGGAUCCAGAAGAAGGAAUCCCCCAGAAAGAUGUCCCCGUCCUCUGUAUUCCCAGGUCUGUCCGGAGGAGAAGGUCCCAGAGAAUCAUCAGGUGGAAGGUCUGACUGAAAUUAAAGUGGAGGAUGAAGAAGAGCAGAUGAUGGGCGAUCCCCCGUGUAAGAGUGAGGUGGAGGAGGACUUUCCAGUCCAGGUGACCACAGAAAAUCUGGGUAUGAAGAGAAACUUAAUGUUGUCAGUAAAGUAUAAAGUAGAAGAUGAAGAUACCGUGCAGCACUCUUCAGGAGAAAACCUCAUUACCUGUAAUGUGCCUCCAGAUCCAUCACAUAAUCCUCCUAAUCAUGAGGAACCUUCUGACCAGUCACUGAUUGUUACCACAAGUACCGGGCAGAAUCGGGGUAAAAGGUUUCAGUGUGGGGAAUGUGGAAAGCAGUUUACAAAAAGCUCAGGUCUUUUUACACACAGAAGAACUCACACAGGAGAGAAGCCGUAUUCAUGCUCAAUGUGUACGAAAUGCUUUACAGAUAAAUCAAAUCUUGGUAGACAUGAAAGAAGCCACACAGGAGAUAAGCCGUAUUUAUGUUUGGAAUGUGGCAAAAGUUUUAUGGUAAAAUCAGAUCUUGUUAAACAUCAGAAAAUUCACACAGGAGAAAGGCCAUAUCCAUGUUCAGAAUGUGGAAAAGGCUUUACUUCUAAAGCCAAACUCAAGGAUCAUCAGAGAAUUCACACAGGAGAGAAACCAUUUACAUGUUCUCAGUGUGGGAAGUGUUUUAUGCUGAAAUCUGAUCUUGUUAUACAUGAAAGAAUUCACACAGGAGAGAGGCCAUAUUCAUGUUCAGAAUGUGGGAAAGGUUUUAUAUCUAAAUCUAAUCUUGUUACACAUAAGAGAAUUCACACAGGAGAGAAGCCAUUUCCAUGUUCAGAAUGUGGGAAGUGCUUUACAUCAAAAUCUAAUUUGGUUACUCACCAGAGAAGUCACACAGGAGAGAAGCCGUUUUCAUGUUUACAAUGUGGGAAAUGUUUCAUCAGUAAAUCAAAUCUUGAUACACAUGCGAGAAGUCACACAGGAGAGAAGCCAUUUCCGUGCUCAAGAUGUGGAAAAUGUUUUAUUACUAAAGCAAAACUUAGGGCUCAUCAGAGAAGUCACACUGGGGAGAAGCCAUUUUCAUGUUCAUUAUGUGGGAAAUGUUUUAGUCAAAAAUCACAUCUUGUUAAACAUGAGAGAAUUCACACCGGAGAGAAGCCGUAUUCAUGUUCACAAUGUGGGAAAUGUUUUAUCAGUAAAUCAAAUCUUAAUAUACAUGAGAGAAUUCACACAGGAGAGAAGCCAUACUCAUGUUCACUAUGUGGGAAAUGCUUUACAGAUAAAUUGCAUCUUGUUAGACACACAAGAAGCCACACAGGAGAGAAGCCGUAUUCAUGCUCAGAAUGUGGGAAAUGUUUUACAAGUAAAUCAAAUCUUGUUAGACAUGAGAGAAAUCACACAGGAGAGAAGCCGUAUUGAUGUUCUGUACGUGGAAAAUGUUUUACAAGGAAUUUAUUUUGAAACUGAUGAAAUAAUUCACAGAGGAGAAGCCAUUUUCUCGUUUUAAAUGUGAGAAAUGCUGUUGUAGAGACCAGCCCGGUGAGGCCUGACAGCAGCAGCCAACCAUCAGACUAGCAAA